UUCAGUCUCUUUCGUUCCGUUGCACCGUUUACAACAUUGCGCGCGCGUCAACGUAGUCGCUGUCGCUGUUUGUUGUUGCUUUUGUGUUGAUUUUCGUCUUCUGUGUGUUUUCUUCGUUUUGCUUUUACACACAUUGUAAGCGUUAAGCGCAUUUGGAUUAAGCUAACAAACGCCAUUAAUUUGCUUGCAAUUAAAACGAGUUCUGGCCGCAACGAAAGUGUGUACGAGAAUUUGUGUACCGUGAUUAACUACUUAAUCUCGGUAUGGCUGAAGCCCAUUCCGCCGUCGCCUUCUCGUUUGCGAUCACGCACGAGGGCUUCGACAUCAACUAUGACCAUGAGGUGCUCAAUCUUGUGUGGAACUCCGGUGUGCGUUCCUGGAAGAAGCGCAUGGCACGCGCCAGGAAUGGCAUCCGGAAUGGCGUGUAUCCGGCGCACAUACAAAGUCUUUGGCUGAUCACAGCAAUUGCGUUGGGUCUGCACUUUGCCGGCUAUCAGGCGCCGUUUAAUCUGACCAACAGACUGCUCGUUCAUCUGCCCAGCAACACAAUGAAUUGGCAGAUCACCGCCUGCUUUUUGGCCGCACUCGUCAUCUGGCUGUCCAUCUGCUUUACGAUGCGUUACACGCUGAAGCUGCUGCUCAUCUACAAGGGCUGGAUGUAUGAGUCGCGAGCGCCUGGCAGUCGUGUAUCCUUGCCCACCAUGCUCUGGGUGGCGGUGGUGCGUGUGCUCUCCAGCUGGAAUAAGCCAGGACUGUACAGUUUUCAGGGCUCGUUGCCACGCCUGCCAUUGCCCUCCGUGCACAAUACAAUGACGCGUUAUCUGCGCUCGGUGCGUCCGCUGCUCGACGAUGACAAUUACAAGCGUAUGGAGGGAUUGGCCAAGGAGUUUGAGCAAACGAUUGGCAAGAAACUGCAAUGGUAUCUUAUCCUCAAGAGCUGGUGGUCCACAAAUUACGUCUCUGAUUGGUGGGAGGAGUACGUCUAUCUGCGCGGUCGCAGUCCUCUCUGUGUCAACAGCAAUUUCUAUGGCACCGAUGCCAUCUUCAUGAAUCUCACCAGCGUCCAGUCGGCACGUGCCGCGAAUGUCAUCUCCUUGCUGCUUAACUUUAGACGUCUGAUUGAGCAUCAGGAGUUGCAGCCCAUCAUGGUGCAGGGCAUGAUUCCCUUGUGUUCGUGGCAAUAUGAGCGCACCUUCAACACGGCACGCAUUCCAGGACUCGAAACGGAUCGCAUUGUGCACUACAGGGAUUCCAACUAUAUUGUGGUGCUACACAAGGGCUGCUACUACAAGAUGCUCAUCUACUACAAGGGCCGCAUUCUGCGCCCCUGUGAGCUGCAAGUUCAAAUUGAGGACAUACUGAAGGCCAAGGCCACGCCAGUGGAAGGUGAGGAGCAUUUGGCUGCUUUGACUGCCUGGAAUCGCUCCAAGUGGGCCGAGACACGCAACACGUUCUUCUCGCGUGGCGUAAAUCACGUCUCAUUGCGCACCAUUGAAUCGGCUGCCUUUGUGCUCUCUCUCGACGAUGAACCCUUCGAGUUUGAUCUGAAGCGUCCCGAGCUGUUGGAUUCGUUUGGCAAGAAGCUGCUCCAUGGCAAUGGUUACAAUCGUUGGUUCGACAAGUGCUUCACCGUCUGCGUAGGCACCAAUGGACGUGUCGGUUUCAAUGCCGAGCACACGUGGUCUGAUGCUGCUAUCGCCUCACACAUGUGGGAGAAUCUGAUCGUUGACGAUCUUGUAUCCGAAGGAUAUGACGAGACGGGCAAUACAAAAGGUACACCAGAGUUCCAGCCCCCAACGCCAACGCGUCUUAACUGGGAUCUGAAACCAUGUCUGCCACAGAUCGAGGAGGCAACCAUCUGUGCCACGAAGCUGUGCAACGAGGUCGAUCUGCGCAUCUUGGUGCACCAAGAGUACGGCAAGGGAUUCAUGAAGAAGUGCCGUCUAUCGCCAGAUGCUUACAUUCAGAUGGCUCUGCAGUUGGCCUACUAUCGCGAUGCUGGCCGCUUCUCGCUAACGUAUGAAGCCUCCAUGACACGUCUGUUCCGCGAAGGACGCACUGAAACAGUCCGUCCCUGCACCAUUGAGUCAUCUGCAUGGGUUAAGGCUAUGCAAGACCCCAACACAACGAAUGAUCAUCGUGUGAAGUUGCUACAGGAUGCCUGCGACCGCCAUCAGUUGGGCUAUCAGGAUGCCAUGUGUGGUAACGGCAUCGAUCGCCAUCUGUUCUGUUUGUAUGUGGUGUCCAAGUACCUGGAAGUCGACUCGCCCUUCCUCAACGAGGUGCUCAGUGAGCCCUGGCGUCUGUCCACUAGUCAAACACCUCACGGCCAAACGCCUAAAAUGGAUUUAAAGAAGCAUCCGAAUUGCAUCAGUGCUGGCGGCGGUUUUGGCCCUGUUGCUGAUGAUGGUUAUGGUGUUUCCUACAUCAUUGCUGGUGAAAAUCUAAUUUUCUUCCAUAUCUCUGCGAAGACCACGUGUCCGCAAACCGAUGUCCAUCGAUUUUCGGAACACAUUUGCAAGGCUUUGGCGGAUAUUCGUUCGAUAUUUGAGCAGUACAUGAAGGAUCAUCCGAAACCCGCCAAGACAAUCACAAAUGGCAAAUCCACAUAAUCCAUAGUCCUAUUUGUAGUGAAACUCUUGCGAGAUUCGUGUUAGCAUUUGUUUUUACUUUUCUAGUUAUUCGUUUUUACAAAAAUCAUCAUGCAUAUUCUCUACUCUUAAGGUUCUCCAUUUAAGUGCAAAAGUGUUCGAAAAAGUUGUAAAUGCUAAAUCAAAAUUCAUGCGAAACCAAGCAAUGCAAUUUUAUAUACAUAACUAAACUAAACUAAAUGAUUGACAACUUUGCUGAUUGUAAGACCUAGUUUUAGCAACUUUUGCACAAUUUGCUGUUUCUCAAUUAAUUAGUAUGUAAAUGAUACAAAAAACAA